AUGGCUUCAAGAAAGAAGGUCCUUCUCAAGGUCAUCAUCCUCGGAGACAGCGGGGUCGGCAAAACGAGCUUGAUGAACCAAUAUGUCAACAAGAAGUUCAGCGCAAGCUACAAAGCAACCAUCGGAGCCGAUUUCCUGACCAAGGAAGUGCUCGUUGACGACAGGCUCGUCACCAUGCAGCUCUGGGACACGGCCGGCCAGGAGCGCUUCCAAUCGCUGGGCGUUGCCUUUUACCGUGGCGCUGAUUGCUGCGUGCUCGUAUACGACGUGAACAAUUCCAAGAGUUUCGACACGCUCGACAGCUGGAGAGACGAGUUCCUUGUUCAGGCUAGCCCCAUGGACCCAGAAAGCUUUCCAUUCGUUGUCAUUGGCAACAAGAUUGAUGUGGAGGAAAGCAAACGCAUGAUUUCGUCCAAGCGCGCCAUGGCCUUUUGCCAAUCAAAGGGCGGCAUUCCUUAUUUCGAGACGAGCGCCAAGGAGGCCAUCAACGUCGAACAAGCCUUUGAAGUCAUUGCACGACAAGCUUUGGCGCAAGAAGAUGUCGGCGAUUUCAGCAACGACUUCCCCGAGACGAUCCCGAUUGACCUUAAGGGAAACGAGGGUGGUUGCGCAUGCUAG